UUUAUCAGUGUCAGCAGAGUUUUACAAGUUUUGUUACUCCUUUCAAAAAAUAUAGAACAAUGGAAGUGACAACAAGAUUGACAUGGAAUGAUGAAAUUCUGAGAAAGCUGCUUGGAAAUGUUUCUUUGACUCUUCUCUAUAAGUCUAGUGUUCAUGGAGAUAGAAUUGAAGAUAUGGUUCAAAGAUGCAGCCAUCAGGGAUGUACUGUAACAAUGAUUUACUUUAAUCGCAAUAUCAUUGUAGCCUUUAUGCUUGGAGAUUAUUCUAAUUUAUGUGAAAAUUCUGAAGAGCUAAAUGAUUCCCUUUGGUUUGCAGUUCAAAAGAAAAAUGGCACCACUGAAAUAGAAACUUUACUCUUAAAUAUAGCACCAAAAAUUAGUGAUAAACAAUUGGUUGGUCGUUCAUUGGAAAAGGAUAUUUUCCUUAUACAGCCAUAUAAUAACACAAUUUAUCUAACUGACAUGAUAGUAAAAAACUUGAAACUAGACUUAUAUGGCUUCAAAACAUAUUUGGAAUGUGAAGUUUUUCGAGUUGAAGGAUUUAAGGAUAACCUAAACUAUGCAAAGAAGAUAAUGAAAGCUGGAGAGCACAGAAAUAGGCUUCUAGCAGAAAUCAGAGCUUACAAGCCCUAUUUGGUUUCAGAAAUUCGUAUUCUUUUGGUGGGUCCAGUUGGGUCUGGAAAGUCCAGUUUUUUCAAUUCAGUCAAGUCUGUUUUUCAUGGCCAUGUGACUUGCCAAGCCAUGGUGGGAUCUGAUGUCACCAGCAUUACUGAACAGUAUAGGAUAUAUUCUGUCAAAGAUGGAAAAAAUGGAAAAUCUCUGCUAUUUAUGUUGUGUGACACCAUGGGACUAGAUGAGACAGAGGGAGUAGGACUAUGCAUUGGUGACAUCCCCUACAUAUUAAAAGGUUGUAUGCCAGACAGAUAUCAGUUGAAUCCCUAUAAACCAAUUACACCUGAGCAUUCUACUUUUAUCACCUCUCCGUCACUGAAGGACAGGAUUCACUGUGUGGCUUAUGUCUUAGACAUCAAUUCUAUUGACAAUCUCUCCUCUAAAAUGCUGGCAAAAUUCAAGAGAGUUCACAAAGAAGUAUUAAGCUGUGGUAUAGCACAUGUAGCCUUGCUUACUAACGUGAGUAAUUGCAGUGAGGUUCUUCAAGACAACUUUUUAAACAUGAGUAGAUCCACGACUUAUCAAAGCCAGGUCACAAAUGUCAAUAAAAUGCUAGGCAUUCCUAUUUCCAAUAUUUUGAUGGCUGGAAAUUAUGCUUCAGAUUUGGAACUGAACCCUGUGAAUGAUAUUCUGAUCCGCUCUGCACUAAGGCAGAUGCUGCGGGCUGCAGAUAACUUCUUAGAAGAUUUGCCUCUUGAGGAAACUGGUGCAAUUGUGAGAGUGUUAUGACCCAGAAUUUGAUAUCCUUGACUCUGGAUAUCCUUGACUUUGACAUUUGGGCCAACCUGUAUUGGCGUGCCUCAAUGAGAGUCAGUCUCUAUUGACAGCUGCCUUCAUAUUUUGCUUCCGUUCAUUUUUUCUUCUGUCCUUGGAACAGUCAUAGCUGAAGUUUAAAGGCCAAACGUGAGAAGCAGUGGGCUAAGUAAGAUAGGUCCUACCACAAACUACCUUUCCAUAUUUCUGGAAAUAUUUCUAUUUACAAUUCAGUUUCUGUGAUAUAUUUUUAAACCAUUCCAGGAAAAAUGAGAUAUUCUCUUAUUUAUUCUUCUAUAACACUCCAUAUACCUCUAUGUAGUACUAAUCACAUUGAAUAAUAGUUAUAAAAUUUUUGCAUAGACAUCCACUUUCUUAAAUAGAUUGUGAGUUCUGUGAGAAACAGCAUGGAUUUUACUUAUCUAUGUAUUCACAGAACUUAUCACAGUGCCUGGUAAUGAGUAAGCAUGCUUGCUAUUACUGCGCCCGCCACCCUCUCUGACAUCACAUUCACUUUAGAUUUUUCUCCACAUGCCUGUAGUGUGCCACCAUACCCAGUUAAUGGUGGGUUACACAGG